AAAAGGUUCAAAACCCCAAAUACUUGGUACUGUACAUUGGUUCGUGAUAUGGAAAGAACGAAGGACCGUGAAACAUAAGAUCAACUCUUGCCUUGAGCACAGAGGCAUUGUGGGUAAUGAUUCAGGGGAGUCACGUUUUCAUCCAGCAUGGCAGCCACACAGAAAAGGAAGUUGGAGGACCUCAGUGUGGAUGAGUUCCUGCAGACAGGUUUGGAUUCUGGGGGCGAUGAAGACUCAGGUGAUGAAGGCUCGGGCGAUGAGGACUCUGGGGAUGAGCAGCCGAAACAGAACGGUGUACUGAAGAAAGAAGCUGGAAAGACCACUGAUACAGACGAUGUUGAUAAGAAGAAAGGCAAAGCCCACCAGCACAAAGACCAGCUGUCCCGGUUGAAGAACAAAGACCCAGAGUUCUACCGGUUCCUCCAGGACAACGACCAGUCUCUGCUGAACUUCGACGACACGGACAGCUCAGAGGAUGAGGACGAGAAGAAGUACCAUUCCCUGCCCACUGCGCUCGAGGAUGCCAGCUCUGGUGAGGAAGACGCGGAGGCGACUAAACCGAGCGACGCCACCAAGCAAGCCAAGAAGGACGAAACCAUCAAGGUCACAGAGAAGAUGAUUAAGGACUGGAGAUCUGCCAUCAAGAAGGAUCCCACGCCUCGCCUCCUCCGAGAGGUCACCCAGGCCUUCAAGGCCGCUGUGGCCACGACCAAGGGAGAAGGAGGCGGCCAGUGCAGAUACAAAGUGGCUGAUAGUUCAGUGUUCAAUGCCUUGGUACUCUUCUGUAUCAAGGACAUGUAUGGUGUCCUACAGAAGAUGCUCAAUCUGAAGCCAGAUAAAGAUUCCAAGAAGCUAGUACUUCCGUCCUCCAGUCCCAGAUGGCAGAAGAACCACCUAGACAUCAAGAUGUACCUAGGAGGUCUGGUUCAGCUGCUGUCCUGUCUCACCGAGUCGUCGGUCAUCAGCGCUGUUCUGCGUCACACCAACCAGCUGGUUCCCUACUAUCUGUCGCUCCCCAAGCAGUGCCGCUCCCUGGUCAAGCAACUGUUGAAGCAGUGGAGCACCGGAGAGGAGACGGGCCGCGUGCUGGCCUUCCUCGCCCUCAACAAGGUGUGCAGACACAAGCAGGACGCGUACCUGAGCUCCAUCCUCAAGCAAAUGUACAUCUCCUACGUGCAGAACUGUAAGUUCACGUCCCCGCUCCAGCUGCCCAUGAUCAACUUCAUGCAGCGGACGAUGGCGGAGAUGUACUCCCUGGACACGCAGGUGACCUACGAGCACGGCUUCCUGUACAUCCGCCAGCUGGCCAUCCACCUCCGCAACGCCAUGACCAUGAAGAAGAAGGACACCUACCAGUCGGUGUACAACUGGCAGUUCGUGCACUGCCUGUUCCUCUGGUGCCGGGUGUUGGGCACUCUGCACCCCAGCGACGUGCUGCAGCCUCUCAUCUACCCGCUGUGCCAGGUCAUCAUAGGAACCAUCAAGCUGGUCCCCACCGCCCGCUACUUCCCUCUGAGGCUGCACUGCUGCCGGGCGCUCACCCUGCUCUCCAGCUCCACCAACACCUUCGUCCCCGUGCUGCCCUUCCUGUCUGAGGUGCUGCUGAAGGUGGACUUCAACAAGAAGCCCGGGCGAAUGAGCAAGAAGCCCAUCAACUUCGCCGUCAUCCUGAAGCUCAACAACGUCAACCUGAUCGAGAAAGCCUACAAGGACGGCCUGAUAGACCAGCUGUACGACCUCAUCCUGGAGUUCUUCCACUCCCAGGCCUGUUCCAUCGGCUUCCCCGAGCUAGCCCUCCCUACCAUCAUCCAGCUGAAAGCGUUCCUGAAGGAAUGCAAAGUGGCCAAUUACUGCAAGCCGGUGCGCCAGCUGCUGGAGAAGGUUCAGGAGAACAGCGGCCACAUCACAGCCCUGAGACAGAAGGCCUCCUUCGGAGUGGCCGACACCGCCGCCGUGGCCCAGUGGGAGAAGAAGCAGAGCGAGGAUGGGACUCCACUCACCAAGUACUACAGCCAAUGGGCCAAGCUGAGAGAGAGGGAGAUCCAGCUGGAGAUCUCGGGCAAAGAAAGGGUAACUAUCUCCCCACAGCGCCCCCGCUGCGAGACCCCAGUCUGGUCCCAGUGUCGUCACACCCAGAUCACCAUGCUUUCUUUAACCGGACGAUGACCAAAGGCCAGGGUG